AUGACUGCAGUGGUGGGCAUGAUGGACCCUGGGUCCCAGAGCCACCUUCCCCCAGUCCAUCGGCACGCACUGUCGUGUCUUCUGGGCCUGUUUACCUUCCGCGGGACAUCACCCGCACUCGAGACGCGGUGCAAUCUGUCCCAGCAGGACGUGGUCGUCGUUAGCGACGAGGGUCUUGACAUGUGUCCAAUUUUCUCCCAGGUGCAUACAAUUGGUGACGUGCGGAUCGUGACGGAUGUCUUGCUCCGUUACAAGAACUGCUCUCGCAAGGACUUGGCAUGGGCUCGGUAA